AUGUCGGAUACCCUCUCCGACGCGGACAAGAUCCGCAAUAAGCGCCUUGCAAAGUUGUCCAACCCAAACCCAUCUCCCUCUCAAGACAAUACCUCCGAUUCAGCGCAAUCAUCGGCUCAUACCUCCCCGGCACAAUCUCCUUUGUCCGCCCACCCGACAGGUGGUUUCGGUGGAUCUCCCUCGUUCUCGCAGUCCCCGCUACAGUCAGAGGGGAAACGCAUCAAAAUCACACCGUCUACCCACACCCCAGAGCGAACACGAUCCAACCCGCCGUCAGCCCCCGGCACGCCCCCGCCCCAGAAGAUCGAGAGCAUCGAGACUUUCGAGGAUCGCACAUUAAGCGCCGUGUUCAAAAUUACCCUCAAGGAUGACGGGCGCCAGGAGAUUCACGGCAAGCGCACCUUCUUGCCAGGUCUGCGCAGCGAGCUAGAAGGAGAAAGUCAGGAUCUGCGGAUUCAAGUCUCUGUCUUGGAUCAGGCUCUUUUGGAAGCCGCUUCGAGUGCUGAACGAAACCGUCCUUUGGAUUAUCUGCUGCCAUGCUGGAAACGCAUCACACGGCUUUCAAAUGGGUUCCGUCGGACUGGAGAUGACGACCCCAAGUAUCAGAUCCUUUGCGAGGCGCGUCGGCUAUGCAUGAGUUAUUGUAUUUUCGCGAUUACCAUGCCAGAGAUGUUUGGAAGUGAUGGCUCUGGGCAAUCAUUAGCCUCAUAUCUGCUCCUAGACCCCGAAGAAGAACGUGGCAUUGAUUUCAGUUUCAUGAACGAAGCCGUGAAGAGGUUUGAUGAAGAUGAGAGUAUCAAGCCUGCAUUCAUUACUGCCGUAGAGCAACUGAGUGCGCAGCUUUCAUCUAUGGAUGUUAACGAUGACUACAAACCCUAUACCAUCGCUCUUCGCAAUCUUGUCCGCCACGGCACCCUUGCAGCUGCCCUCACAGAAUCAUCCAUUUUCAACGCUUCAAAAGAUCCGGCCCAGUUCGAGAAAGUCACUCUCCUAGGGCCGUGGUUCAGUUUAUCGCCUCUCCAGGGCAACGUCACAUUGUCUUAUUUCUCUAGUCCUAAGACGCGUGAUGCAGCUUACAUCUCGAAUGCGCAGCGGUCACUUCGGAUGACACAGCAACUGCUGAGCUCUGAUCUUCUGGACGUGAUCAACCAUCUGAUUCGAGCUUCAAAGGAGGCUCGGGAUCGUGUUUUGGAUUGGUUUGCCACUGCGCUCAACAUCAAUCACAAGCGACGCGCGAUGCAGGUGGACCCGGAACAAGUAUCUUCGGAUGGGUUCAUGUUCAACCUCACAACAUGUCUAGACCAGCUCUGUGAGCCUUUCAUGGAUGCUUCAUUCACCAAGAUUGACAGAAUUGACUCGGAUUAUCUCCAUCGAAACUCUCGGGUCGAAAUGCGCGAUGAGACCAAAAUUAAUGCGGAUCAGCAUGCAUCUGAUGCGUUCUAUUCCAAGAAGGUUGAAGGAACUUCAAACUUCAUCACUGAGAUCUUCUUCUUGACUGUUGCAGCUCAUCACUACGGCAGCGAGUCAUUGACCUCAAAAAUGGAGCAACUUGAAAAGGAUCUACGGCAGAUGGAGAAUAUGAUCACCAAGUUUGAACUUGAGCGCCACAAAUGGAUCAACAACCCGGCGCAGCUUGCCACUUUCGACAACGCCCUCAAGAAGUACAAGGACAAGUUUGAUUUGGGACUGGCCCUGAAGUACAGCCUCCAGGGUGUGCUAUUUGACGAUCAUUGGCAGAGCCGCUCUAUGCUUUUCAUGCGAUAUGUUACUGUAUGGCUUUUGAGACUUGUAUCCGGCAAGAAUUUCCCGACCGAUAAGAUUUCACUGCCACUGCCAGAGACACAGCCAGAAAUUUUCCAGUGCCUACCGGAAUAUUUCGUGGAGGACGUUGUUAGCAACUUCAAAUUCAUCAUGUGGUGCAUGCCACAGAUUAUCACUGCCACCCAGGGUGAUGAGCUGGUGAUGCUGUGCAUCACGUUCCUGGAAAGCUCUGCCUACAUCAAGAACCCUUACCUCAAAGCCGGCCUUGUCUCGAUUCUGUUCCGGGGCACUUGGAAACGCCCUGGUGGCGCCAGCGGCGUUUUGGUUGAUUUACUCAAUUCGCUCCCAUUCGCCAACGACCAUCUCCUUCAUGCAGUUAUGAAAUUCUACAUCGAAGCAGAGUUCACGGGAGCGCAUACACAGUUCUACGACAAGUUCAACAUUCGAUAUGAGAUCUUCCAGAUCAUCAAGUGCAUCUGGCCCAACACACUGUACAGACAAAAGCUGUCUAUUCAAGCCAACCAGAACUUGGACUUCUUUGUUCGAUUUGUCAACCUUCUAUUGAACGAUGUGACCUACGUGCUUGACGAGUCUUUUGGUGCCUUCAAGACCAUUACUAGCACCCAGACUGAACUCAACAUCAGCGGUGCCUCGAUGGAUGCUGCCACCCGCCAGCAACGAGAAGAGCACCUGUCACAAUCCCAGCGCAGCGCCAAGAACUACAUGCAGCUCACUAAUGAAACCGUGGCUAUGCUGAAACUGUUCACCGAGGCACUGGCAGAUUCAUUCACAAUGCCCGAAAUCGUGCAACGUUUAGCAGACAUGCUGGACUACAACCUUGAUGCCAUGGUGGGUCCCAAGAGCGCCACUCUUCGCGUCGACAACUUGCAAGAAUACGGCUUCAACCCGCGCGCCCUUCUGAGCGAGAUCGUCGAUGUUUAUCUGAACCUGACUGGGAAAGAGAACUUCAUUUUGGCCGUCGCUCGUGAUGGCCGGUCCUACAAGCCCGCCAACUUUGAGAAGGCGGCUGAUAUCAUCCGCAAAUGGUCUUUGAAAUCCCCCGAGGAGCUUCGUCGCUGGAGUCAGAUGCAGAAGAAGGUCCAGGCAGCUAGGCUAGCCGAUGAACAGGCAGAAGAGGAUCUUGGGGAGAUUCCAGAUGAAUUCCUGGAUCCUCUGAUGUACACCCUUAUGGAUGAUCCUGUUGUCCUCCCCGGCUCACGGAUCUCCAUUGAUCGAGCUACGAUCCGCUCACACCUGCUCAGUGACCCUCAUGAUCCAUUCAAUCGUGUGCCAUUGAAAAUGGAAGAUGUGGUUCCUGAUGACGACUUGAAGGCCAAGAUUGAAGCCUUCAAAUUCGAGAAAUUGGCCGGUAAACGCAAGGAGAUGGUCCCUCAUGAACAUAUGGACACAUCUACUGGUUAA